GGCCGCCGCAGAGCCGAGAAGUACGAAUUAGAACUUAAGCUGGGGUGGAGUGUCACGCCUUCUCCCGCAGAUGCUUCUGCAAAUGCGUAUGCGUUUGCGCCUGCGCAGCUCUGAAUCCAGGAUGGCGGCCCCACUCGAACUUCUGCCCCCUUGUCACGUGACGGCAGCAACUCCCGGCAACCAGCCGACUAUAGGGUAGAGAGAAAACGCACCACUAACAUGUGACCAGGAACGCACGGGACAUCAUAGGCUCUAGCCACUGUCACGUGUUACGAACUACGGUCUCCGCUCUCCCCACCCCCGCCCUCAUCUCUACAAGGGUCCCGGCGGAGGAGCCUGCGCGGAGAGAAGAGAGAAAAGGGGGCGGGGCGCCAUUGGUCACGUGCCCUCAUCUUUCCGGCGCGCGCUCCCGCCCGCCUGCCCGCCCGCUCGCCCCCGGCCCCGGCUCCUCCUCCUCCUCUCGCCAUUGCAGUCGGACCGAGCAGCCCAGCGCACCGCGUGGUUGGGGGACCCGGGGGCUGUCGCUGGAGGAGGCAGCGGCGGCGGCGGCUGCUGCUGCUGGCGAGGGGGUGCCGACAAGAUAAAAGUUGCAGAAUUGAUACAUCCAAGUACAACUGUCAUACGGUUUGAAAAAUUAGCAAAAAUUUAAUUCUCAGACACUACAAAAGAAAUCGCAAGAGAUAAAAAAUGCGGCCGAUGCGUAUUUUUGUGAAUGAUGACCGCCAUGUGAUGGCAAAGCACUCUGCUGUUUAUCCAACUCAGGAAGAAUUGGAAGCUGUUCAGAACAUGGUAUCCCAUACAGAACGAGCACUUAAAGCUGUGUCUGAUUGGAUUGAUGAACAGGAAAAAGUCAGUGGAGAGCAGCCUGAACCUGAGGCUAUGGAUGUGGUAGCUGAAGAAGAAAACAAGGAAGGGGGGGAACAGAAGACUGAGCACUUAACCAGGACUCUGCGAGGAGUGAUGCGGGUUGGCUUGGUAGCAAAGGGUCUCCUGCUCAAGGGGGAUUUGGAUCUGGAAUUAGUCCUUUUGUGUAAGGAGAAACCCACAACUGCCCUUUUGGACAAAGUGGCGGACAACUUGGGAGUCCAGCUUGCUGCUAUUACAGAAGACAAAUAUGAAAUAAUCCAAUCCAUUGGUGAAGCAGCAAUUGUAAUAAAAAAUACAAAAGAACCUCCAUUGUCCUUGACCAUUCAUUUGACAUCACCUGUUGUCAGGGAAGAAAUGGAAAAACUUUUAGCUGGAGAAACGCUAUCAGUCAACGACCCCCCGGACGUUCUGGACAGGCAGAAAUGCCUUGCUGCCUUGGCGUCACUCCGACACGCCAAGUGGUUCCAGGCCAGAGCUAAUGGGCUGAAGUCGUGUGUCAUAGUCAUCAGGGUUCUGAGAGACCUAUGCACCCGUGUUCCUACUUGGGCUCCCCUUAGAGGAUGGCCCCUGGAGCUUCUCUGUGAGAAGUCAAUUGGAACAGCAAAUCGACCAAUGGGAGCUGGCGAGGCCCUCAGAAGAGUGUUGGAGUGCCUGGCAUCUGGAAUCGUUAUGCCAGAUGGUUCUGGCAUUUAUGACCCUUGUGAAAAAGAAGCCACUGAUGCUAUUGGGCAUCUAGACAGACAGCAACGGGAAGAUAUCACACAGAGUGCUCAGCAUGCCCUGCGACUUGCUGCUUUUGGUCAGCUUCACAAAGUCCUUGGUAUGGACCCUCUCCCUUCUAAGAUGCCCAAGAAACCAAAGAACGAAAACCCAGUUGAUUAUACUAUCCAGAUCCCUCCUAGUACCACUUAUGCCAUUACCCCAAUGAAACGUCCCAUGGAGGAGGAUGGAGAAGAAAAAUCUCCUAGCAAGAAGAAAAAAAAGAUUCAAAAAAAAGAGGAAAAGACAGAACCCCCACAAGCUAUGAAUGCACUGAUGAGACUGAAUCAGCUGAAACCUGGGCUACAGUAUAAACUGGUCUCCCAAACUGGCCCAGUCCAUGCUCCUAUUUUUACUAUGUCUGUUGAAGUGGAUGGAAGUUCAUUUGAGGCUUCUGGACCAUCCAAAAAGACUGCCAAGUUGCAUGUGGCUGUAAAGGUGUUACAGGACAUGGGUUUGCCUACAGGAGCAGAAGGUAAAGAAUCAAAUAAAGGGGAGGAUUCUGCUGAGGAAACAGAGCAGAAACCUGUGGUUGUUGCUCCUCCACCUGUAGUGGAAACUGUUGCUACUCCCAGCGCUGCUUUUCCUUCUCCAGACCAGACGUCAGAGAAUGUAAAACAACAGGGUCCAAUUUUGACCAAACACGGCAAGAAUCCAGUCAUGGAAUUGAAUGAGAAGAGGCGUGGCCUUAAGUAUGAGCUUAUCUCUGAGACUGGAGGAAGUCAUGAUAAACGCUUUGUCAUGGAGGUUGAAGUGGAUGGGCAAAAGUUUCAAGGAGCUGGUUCAAAUAAAAAGGUUGCAAAGGCAUUUGCUGCUCUCACUGCAUUAGAAAAGUUGUUCCCUGAUGCUCCUGUUGCCUUGGAGCCCAAUAAAAAGAAGAGAGCACCAGUACCUGUGAGAGGAGGACCGAAGUUUGCUGCAAAGCAGCACAACCCAGGCUUUGGAAUGGGAGGCCCUAUGCACAAUGAGGUUCCUCCUCCCCCAAAUAUUCGUGGUCGAGGUAGAGGUGGGAACAUCCGAGGUCGGGGUAGAGGCCGAGGUGGAUUUGGUGGUGCCAACCAUGGUGGCUACAUGAAUGCUGGAGCUGGCUAUGGAAGCUAUGGCUACGGUGGCAAUUCUGCAACAGCAGGAUAUAGUCAGUUCUACAGCAACGGUGGGCAUUCUGGGAAUGCUGGUGGAGGCGGGGGUGGCGGUGGAGGCGGCUCUUCUGGCUAUGGAUCCUACUACCAAGGCGACAACUACAAUUCACCAGUACCCCCAAAGCACGGCGGGAAGAAGCAGCAGCAUGGGGGCCAGCAGAAGCCUUCUUACGGUUCUGGGUACCAAUCACACCAAGGCCAACAACAGUCAUCAUACAGCCAAAACCAGUACAGCAAUUAUGGCCCACCCCAAGGCAAACAAAAGGGCUAUAAUCAUGGACAAGGCAACUAUUCCUCCUAUUCAAAUUCCUACAACUCCCCAGGUGGUGGAGGUGGAUCAGACUAUAACUACGAGAGCAAAUUCAAUUACAGUGGCAGCGGGGGCCGAGGUGGUGGUGGGAACAGCUACGGGUCAGGUGGAUCGUCCUAUAACACAGGGUCACAUGGCGGCUAUGGAGGCAGCUCUGGUGGUGGCUCCUCCUACCAAGGCAAACAAGGUGGCUACUCUUCACAGUCCAAUUACAAUUCCCCAGGCUCAGGCCAGAAUUACAGUGGGCCUCCCAGUUCCUACCAGUCUUCGCAAGGUGGCUAUGGCAGAAAUGAUCACAGCAUGAAUUACCAGUACAGAUAAACUACCUUUACUCCCCAGGGGUGAAGUUUUGUUACCUUCUGCACUCGCCCCCCAUUUGAAUAUUCAGUUUUAUUGCAUCACAGUUAACAUGUCAACCCUUCCCCCCAGGUUUCAUGUUGCCGUGUUCUGUGUGAUAUGCAGGCGGCUACUCUGAUGGUGGCAUCUCCCUGUAAUUCCAUACUUAGCUGUGUUUGGGACAUCUGUGUAUUUAAUGGUUUGUUAGUUACCAUUACAACUUUGUCUGAAUAGAGUUUUUGAGUUAAUACAACUCAGUAUCCCUUCGUCUAUUUAACAUUGGUGUUAGUGUUAACUAAGUUCGUCUUUAAAUAGUUACGUGAGGGAUACGUCAUCUGUUAAUGCUUUUGUGAAGUGAGUUAAACAAGCUUUCUGUAUUUUAAUGCUUUAGUGUUUCAGUUUUAUAAGUGAAGAUUUUAUUUUAAAAACCAGUGGGAAAGAGUGGGGUUUUUUUUUGUUUUUUUUGUUUUUUUUUUUUUUGUUUUUUUUUGUAUGUCUGGGUCAUUCAGGCAGGAUAUCUGAAUUAAGCUGAAUGUAGACAAAUAAAGAUGAAGAAAACUCUUUGG